GAACCUUUUAUAACCUUAGGUACACACACAAUAAUACACACAAGCAUCAACGCGUACUCGUAUUCCCUCAUAAUGAUCGUUAUAAUUGGACUUAAAGCUUCUGGGUUAAUUGAAAUCCACCUCGGAAUUACCCAUACGUAACGGACCCGACCCAGUUAGGUUCUUGAUUUGGUAAAUGCGGUGUAGGGUAGCUAAGGCAACUCUCUGCAACGCGGCCUAACCAAGAACGCUACCUACCUCCUAUACCUCCUAUAUAACCUCUUCAGAUCCCAUUACUAUAUCAUCAAUAAGUCAUCAUGACAGUCACAGAGUUAGCAUGGUUUACAGGUGCCCACGGGCCCGUUGGAGACGACGCCAAGGAGGCCAUGAACCAGGCCCUAACCGUCCAUGAUGACUGGUGCGCCCGCAACAUCCCGACAUUACCUAAGGACAGAGAAGCUCGUGGUGUAGGCUUCUUCCGGCAGAUCGAGGAUCCAUCUAUCACCCUCCUCACGGCGCACUGGGAAUCCGUCUCACAGCACGGGCUUUGGCUGGCCUCCCCCGAGAACAAGACUGCCUACCCCCCUCUCAGAGAGCACUUCACGCUAGAGAAGACGGUUGUAUCCCACCUCGAAGACGCCGAGUUCUUCGACACAUCGGGACCGGACGGCGAGAUCUCCUUGUUGAAGAGUCCCAUCGUUAGUUUAAGCAUUGUGACCAUUCCGGCUGAGAAACGUAAGGCAUUUGAGCAGGCUUGGACUGAAAAUAAGCACAUAUUGGAGGCAUAUACACCACUAGUUAAGUUCGGGUGGCGCAUCGAAAAGGAGGAUGAGAGCUUAGAGCAAUUUAUUCUGUCUUGCCCGUGGCCAAGCGUCGAGAAGCAUAUGGAAUUCGCAGGAGGAAAAGACUUCCCUCAGUUCUCAGCAGCAAUCUUGUCCCUUUCGCAGGAUACCGAGGCUAAGCAUUACGAGAGGAUCCUGUAAGACAUGAUUAAGAUGAUUAAGCACACAAUAAGAAGUUCUCUUCUGCUCUUUGGAAAUAACGGCCCUGAUCGCGGGAUUUUGUGCAAUUGUUGUGAAUUGUCUACAAGCGUUAUCGUGCUCGAGAAAUAUCAAUUCGGAAGGUAUCCUUAGACGCCGCCUCAUGAAAAUACCAGCCCAGCUACAAGAGCAUAUGCAUCACUCCCCCAUUGGUCCUCGAUGACCGCGUUCGUAGACGCCUAUCCGUCCAUCACCCUGAGACUUCCCCAGUUGCGAUUGGUAGUUUUCCUUUCCCCGGACGCGUGUUCAGAACUUAUGCCGUGUGCUUGCCCUUCCUGUUCUUCUUGGGGACCUCCUUGAUU